CAUCUCAGCUUCCCAUUCCUCUUUACGCCAAAAACAGAACCGGCGACUCCGUGGCCUUCCUCCCAUCUAAGUGUCUACCCCGUUAUCUCUGGCGUUAAACGACCGCAUUUUUGCAUUUGCGGUUAGAUUGGGAAAUUGUGGGGCCAGCUGAAUGCAUUUAAUGUGAUGGGCUGGAUCGUGGCGUGCGUGUCUGGAAUAUUGGAUUGGGGCUAGAACGUAUUGGACUUUGGUCGCAGAGGUGGAUUAGGGAGGUGGGUGUUGGGGUUGGUGGUUUGUGAUGAUCAUGAUCAUGACCAUAGGGAGAUUGCAUUGGGCUGAACUCGAGGAGGGAUGAUGGGGCUGUUUAGGUCUAAUGGCUUCUAAUGCACUAUUUGGAAAAUGAGAGGGGAUGAGGGAUAUAUAAUACAUUCCCAUCACGAAAACUUGGACGGAAAAUCACUUUCGUUGCUAUUCAUUCUUUAUUCAAAUAUGUCCGGCUUUAGAAGUAAACGUAUAUUUCCCGACUCCCAAAUCAAAUCCGCAAGGAAACGCAUCAUUAUUUGCUGCGAUGGAACAUGGCAAUCUGCGGUUUCGGGGAAAGAUAAUUGUCCAUCUAAUGUAACACGUCUCUGUCGUGCAAUCAACAGUGUUGGAAAAGAUCCAGGAGAUGACGAACCCUGGCAACAAGUCGUCUGGUAUGAUUCUGGCGUGGGCACUACAUCGACGGGUUUAGCACCCAAGGUCGAAGGUGCAGUUGGCCAAGGUUUGGAAGGGAAUGUGAUUGAGGCUUAUAACUUUUGUGUCCUCAAUUGGAAUCCUGGUGAUAAGAUCAUGUGUUUUGGGUUUUCUAGGGGAGCGUACACGGCUCGGGCGAUUGCGGGCUUGAUUUCCGAUAUUGGCAUUUGUUCGAAAAGUAGGCUGCAGGAGUUUCCUGAACUGUGGAAGUUGUAUAGAGAGAGGAAGUCUGAGGCGAAGUCGGGGGUUUUGUCUGGGAAAAGGUUUUAUGGUAGUGCUCAGUACUGGGAUUGGCAACUUGGGAGACUGGCUGACCCGCAGCCUCCUCUUGUGGAACGCCCUGAUGGGGAAUUGGUUUGGGAUAUUAAACCUCAGGAUAUCGAUACGGUAUGGGCUCGAAGUCAAGAGUCAAUGGAUGUAGAGGUGGUGGGAGUUUUUGAUACUGUUGGAGCUUUGGGCCCGCCGGAAGUGUUUGGAUUUGAACUACCUGAAUGGGUACGAUUUGGGGGAAAACCAGAAUGGCACAAUGUUGCGCUUUCGGCCAGUGAGUUUCUUCUUCGUGGUACUGCAUUGACUGAGACUAAUUCAUAUCCUAGACAUCAAGCAUGCUUUUCAAGCUUUAGCUCUUGAUGAGCACCGCAAUGCAUUCACUCCAACUCUCUAUUACGUCAAGAUGUCCGAGACACCUUCAGAUGAAGAAAUAGAGAAACAACGAACUCUGGCUAGAGAGCUAGAUGGAAAGUGGAGGGCGAUGAUCAAUGAAAUGUCUAAAAGGGCUACAGUCGCUGAUAAGCUAAACCUUGAAGAACUAAAAAGAUUGGCUGAAGAAAGAAAUACAGCUACAGAAAGCCUCGUCAAGAUGGAAGAAAGCAAGAAGAUGGAGAAAGCUCUCGAGGCUGGUGAGAUGGUACUGGAACAAGUCUGGUUUCCGGGAUACCACAUACAUAUUGGUGGAGGAUCGAGCGAUACACUAUUGGGCAAGGACAACAUGGAAGAAAUGUCCAACAUUACUUUUGCAUGGAUGUUGGAUCAAAUCAAAAAGUACGUGUCGAUUAACGAAGCUACCAUAAGAGCAGAUAGCGAAGACCGUCAAAGGAACUUUGAUGAACUCAACAAACAACGGGAGUUUCACGUGCAAAAGCAAGAUGCCCGUAAGGAAGAAAGUUGGGGAAAAUGGAUUUGGCGCCAGGGCGAAUGGGUCGCAUCUACCAUUGCUCAUCCUCUCACGCGUGAAAAAACACAUCAUCAUGAAGAACGAGUGUAUGGAUGGGGAACGGGAGAUUUCAACGAUAGUUUCACUGCCAUGUAUAGAGUUAACGGCUCGAAACCACGCACACCAGGUCGUUAUGGCUUCGAUACGAAUGGUAAGAAAGUUGGCGUAACUCAUGAGUAUAUUCAUCCCACUACGGGAUUUCGAGUACAGUAUCUCGAUAAGAAGGCCGAGGAGUGGAAAUAUGAAGAUGAUCGUCCGUUACAACCGAAGAAAUAUCGCCCUAUUGGUCUACAGGGUGAUAAUUACAAGCGUGAGAAGAAAGAAUAUAAAGGACGAGUGGGUUUUGAGUAUACCUUCACAUACUCGGAUGGACAUGUGUCCCGAUUACCGGAAUGGCCUCUGGGUGAAGCAGGGUGUUAUGAGAGAUUUGCUAUUGAGGGGUCCGAUGCUUAUGAUUAUGUUGAUGAGUUGGAUCGGAGCUUGGGAGUUGCUACUGAGACUGAGGCGGAGAAUGUUGAGCCUGCUUGGGAUCCGAAGAAUGCGGAGUUGAGUUAUAUGGCUCCGACGUAUGAGAGGGUUAUGCCUAAGAUGCUUAGAGUUAGUUUGCGCGAUUCUGUUCCUGAUGCUGUUUUGGAUGAUGUUUUGGGUGAUGUUCUCGCGGGAGGAGUUAUGAAUGGAGAGGUUAUAGAUGAAAUUGUUACAGAUGGAGGUGUUCCAAUUGGAGACAUUCCAAAUGGAGACGUUCCAAAUGGAGACGUUCCAAAUGGAGACGUUCCAAAUGGAGACGUUCCAAAUGGAGACAUUCCAAACGGAGAAGUUCCAAACGGAGACAUUGUAAACGGAGACAUUCCAAACGGAGACAUUCCAAACGGAGAAGUUCCAAAUGGAGACGUUCCAAAUGGAGACGUUCCAAAUGGAGACGUUCCAAAUGGAGACGUUCCAAAUGGAGACAUUCCAAACGGAGAAGUUCCAAACGGAGACAUUGUAAACGGAGACAUUCCAAACGGAGACAUUCCAAACGGAGAAGUUCCAAAUGGAGAAGUUCCAAAAUGGGCAGCUCUAUAUGACAACCUCGACGCUGCAGAAGAGAGCCUUCCCGCCGAAGAAAUCCAAGUCGAUAUGUUCGGCUAUAGGUUUCAACCAGAUGUUACAUCUACCACUUAUUAAAUAUUCAAUAGGAUUUUGUUUUAGAUUUUUAUAUUGUGGAAUCUUGUAGUGAUUUGAUUGCAACUUUUAAAGAUGACUGGUGGUUUAGUUGUAUA